GUCUUAAACGAUCAAUUUUCAAUCUCAGUUUUCAAAACGUUAGAACACGUAAACUUGUAAAAACUGAAGGUCCUGUAGAUGUCUCAAAAAAUUUUUAUGUUUCAUUUGAGACUCUGGAGUCAACUUAUAAACUGAAGGAAGCCAUAAAUAAAAAAGUCGAAUGGAUUUCUGCAUGGGAAUUGCCACAGGAUAGUAUGUUAGUGGGAGUUCCGUUAACAUUAAAUUCAGCAAAAAUUAUUGAGGUAUCAGAUUUUACCAAAGAACAGCACGUGACAUUCUUUUAUAAUAUUCAAGAGAAUAGAAAUCUUCAUUUUAAUGAAAAGGUUGUUGUGGAUGAUAUUUAUAGCUGUACUAAUGGUUACGCUAGAUUAGAAGAUCUGUUUGCAUCAUUGUGCAUUGAAUAUGCUAGCAAUGGGAAAACCCUUGACUUUAGUACAUGGAAUGAUCGCUUCACAGAAUUUAUUCGUAACCCCACAAAAAAAAAGAUUAGUGCAGUUAAAUAUAUUGAAAACUACCUCUCUGAUAAUACUGAUAACUAG